ACAGGCAAACUUACAGAGAGUUGGCCACGUUCUACAGGCCAUCCGGCUGGCCAGCAGGGCCAAGAACAAAAGUCAGUAGCUGACCAGAGCCCAGGAGCCUUCCUACUACCGGGUCUCUGCUUUUCUGAGAAAGUGAAAGCCUCGAGCUCCAAGCUCCGUGAGAUGGAUGCCAUUUAAGGGACGCCACCUGGAGCUCUGCAUCUGCACCUGGGCUGUGUGGAGGGGGCCAUAAAUGGGCAAGAUGGCAGCCUCCCAUCUCUGGAAGCAGGAGGGAGCCGCUCCCACUUUGAAACCUGUCCGGUCUCUCACCCAAGCAGGUGUGGCUCCUGUCUGCCAUCGGCCAUGGAUUGGUCGUGGCUGCUCCUGUUAGGGCUGUGGACAGUCGCACCACCCACCUGGGCUGGGGAUGAGCUGCUCAAUGUCUGCAUGAACACCAAACACCACAAGCGAGAGCCUGGCCCAGAAGACCAGCUCUACAAAGAGUGCAACCCCUGGCGAGGCAAUGCGUGCUGCAGGGCAGACACCAGCCUGAACACCCACCUGGACCUGCCCUUGCUCUACAACUUCAGCUUGCACCACUGUGGGGUGAUGCUGCCAGACUGCGAGAAGCACUUCCUCCAGGCCAUCUGCUUAUACCAGUGCUCCCCAAACCUGGGGCCUUGGAUCCAGAAGCUGGACUCGGGCGGGCCAGGCGAGCGAAUUCUGGAGGUGCCCCUGUGCCGGGAGGACUAUGAGCAGUGGUGGGAAGACUGCCGCACGUCUUACACUUGCAAAGCCGACUGGCAUGGCUGGGACCGGACUGAGGGCAAGAACCUCUGCCCUGCACAGGCCUUCUGCCACCCUUUCCCCCAUUACUUCCCCACCCCGGUUGACCUGUGUGAGAAUAUUUGGAGUCACUUCUUCAAGGCGAGCCCUGAGCACCGGAACAGCGGGCAGUGCCUGCAGAAGUGGUUUGAGCCUGCUCAGGGCAACCCCAAUGUGGCCGUGGCCCGCCUCUUUGCCAGCACAGCCCCGUCCCGGGACCACCCUUGCAAGCUCCUGGCCUUCUCUCUGCUCCCGGCGUUCCUAUCCCCAGAGCCCCUUCUUCUCCCACCCACAUUCCUCCUCUCUUGGGUCCUUCCUGUAAAUAGAGCAGCACAGGCUGGGGGCCGGAGACACUGAGGCUUCAGAAGCGGGUGCCCGAGCACCGAACAUUCAGUUCUAGCCGCCCCCGCCCCCCACCAUCCCACUCUGCUCUGUUCUGUCUUCCGCUGCCUGGAAAGCAGCAGAGGCCGGAAGCGCCUACGUGGCCUUCUCCCUUUGCCUUGACGGGGCCUCUGCGGACUCCAGUGUGGGGCUCCAGGCCCUUCUCGUCCAGGGUGUGCCCACCUCCUUCCAGGACAGAGCUGGCCGUCACCACCCUGGCCUCCUGUCCCACCAUGGGGCCUCCAAUAAAACUGUACUUGACCUUCCCCCUCCGCGUGACCCACUCUGUCCUAGCCCUACCGUCGGGGAGCCAGUCCGCCUGCUGCACUGACGUCUCAGAGUUGGCUGCAACCUAACUCCUAACAAUUAGCUUCUUCACGUGUGCCAGGUCCUCUCCUUCCCUCCUCAGAACGCCUCCUGGGGGGAAGACUUUCCACACCCCCUCCCCCCAGCCCCCGUAAGCCCUGUGCCAUACAGAAGACGCAAAGGUAGGGUAAGGACCACCCAGACCACUGGUUUUAUCUUGGAUACAAGAUUAAGUCCCCUCCAAUGCUUGAGGCAUUUUUCUUUUUCUUCUUCUUCUUCUUCUUCCUUUUCUUUUUUUCCCAGAUUUUAUUUAUUUGAGAGGUCAAGCGGUGAGAGAGCACUUGAUUGGAGGGGUGGGGGGGGAGAAGCAAACUUCCUGCGGCUGAGCAGGGACCCUGACAGGGGGCUGGAUCCUAGGACUCUGGGAUCCUAACCAAAGCCGAGGGUGGACGCUUAACUGAGGGAGCCUCCCAGCUGCCCAUUUCCUACUCUUUUAACCCCAGAUUCACAACACACAGCUCAGGAAUUCUGGAAGCCAGGGCUCUAUUCCAGUUUUACUGCUUUCUAUAGGACUUUUGGCAAGUCCAUUGGCCUUCAGUUAAGACUAUGGCUCCCCACCCCCACCGAGAGGCAUGAUGGAGUUGGACUUCAUGAUUUCUUAACUUACAAAAAGAAAAAGGGAAAAGCCAAUGCCACUCUUUGUGGGGCUACAGUCUGUGCUUCUCAGGCAGUGCCACACCAUAAAGAAUAAGAGAGAAGUCAGAACUGAACCAGAGAAGGGGCACUGGGGCAGACUUCACGCCCCUUUUGUAAGUGGCGUGGGAGCCAAUCCAACCACCCGGAACGUUCCAGAACCAGAAGCCCAGCAGCUUCUCAGCAUAGAUGGCCCCUUCCCUAUAACCUUUCCAUUGACAAAGAGGGUUUCUAAUAUGUCAGCCCCCGAGGUAGUUGGCUUUUCUGACACUCGUUCUCACCAGACACCAGUAAGACUUGCUCAUCGUUCAAGUCUAUCUCCAACCCUCCACCCUCCCCCUGAAUGUGCUCCUUCCCUGAACAGACCCUGUCACAGCUCGGGCACUCGGGUUCUCAAACCAGUGAGGACGGUCCUCCUAAGUGAGGUGCUCAGAGUCUGGAGUAGGAGACUGACACUAGCAGGGGACACAAAGCACUUUGCUGGAAGCCUGAGAGAACAGGGACUGGGCUGCGGAUCCUCACAAAGGGGGUGAUGCCUGAGCCCACUGAAGAGAGAUCUUUUCAUUAAGCACAGAACCAACAACAACAAAAGGCUAAACAAAAACCAGCCAGUCCCUAAGGCCCCGGUGAUCUGAAACAGGAACUUUACCUACUCUUAAGUGAAUCAAGAAAUUGUGGCUUCAAAAAUACAUAUAGGUAAAAUUUCUUAAGAAUUAAGGACUUGGCUUUUCUCUAUCUUCACUUAAUAAACUAUCAUUUUACUAAAAAAAAGAAUUAAGGACUUGAAUGAAGUGUCUGAGGAUAUGCGUGUGGUUCUAAAGCUGAGAGUUAAAUGACUUUUUUAAAAGUAUUUUUAGAUAAAAAUAUAAAAUUAAUCAAAGUAAGGUUAACACUGAGAUAGCCCAAACAAGACCAGUUCUGGGAGCCCUAGUAACUGCUACUGUUUAUUGAUCAUUUACUCCGUGCCUGCGGCUCUGCUAAGCUCCUAACAUGCAUUAGCUGAUCUGAUCCUUCCAAAAGCCUUGAGAGUCACCCUUACACCUGCCUUUCAAGUUAAAUCAGAUAUGAGGAUUUGAAAUCAGGUAGGUCUGACCCCACAAUCCCAGCUCAUGAGGCUUCCACAGAACACCCUGGCAAGUGGGACUGGGGCAAAUGUUGGGAGAGAGGGCAGGCUUAUGGCAGGCCAUGGUCAGGAAAGAGACCAAGUUUUCUCCCUGUCUGUGGUUAGAGGAGUGAUGUUUUUCAGUAGUGGAAUAGAAUUGUUAGAUUUGCAGUUGAGUGAUUUGUUUCAAGCAGAGAGAUCCAUACAUAUGGCUAUAACUUGUAGGUCAAAACCCCCCUAACACAGAACAACAGAGCCCCCAGCCAGUCAGCCCCUUAGCUCCAGGGCUACCCGCUUCGAACCACUUCUGGAUUUAGCUAUGAAAAAGUUACAAGGGGUGCCUGGGUGGCUCAGUGGGUUAAAGGCUCUGCCUUCGGCUCAGGUCAUGAUCCCAGGGUCCUGGGAUU